AUGGGCUGCUUCUCUGGUGGUGUGGGCCUGUCCCUUCUUCUCUUGUGCGGCGUUUUCUACACAGCGUGCUCCAAAGUUGACGCAUUUAAGCUUUAUGUUAUUAUAAUUAUUUGUUCCUUUACCUCAUCCCCAGGAGCGCCAGAUAACCGGGGUACUGAGUUUAUCAUUGGCUACAUGGAAAACAGUGGAUCAUCCAUCGAUGUAGAACUGUUUGUGACCACUACCCGUACCACCAGUGUCACUGUCACGGUAGACGCUCCGAAAUGUAAAAGCCCAAAAAUAUCCUCCUCCUUUAAAAUAUCAUCUGGACAAGUCAAACAAUUGUUUUUGAAACCAAGCAUCAGAAUGGCUGGUUCCAGUAAGUCUGACAAAGGAGUUAGAGUUCAGGCCUCAGACGAAAUUGUCAUUUACGGAAUCAACAAAGAAACAUACUCCUGUGACGGUUUUAUUGGUAUACCAUUAGAUGUUCUGUCUGAUGAAUACUACGUGGUCUCCUGGUACCCCUCUUCCUACAACACGGCCUUGCUAGUUGUCGGAGUCCAAGACUCUACUUCUGUUAGUAUAAAGAUCAGUGACCAUAUUGGAUCCCGCUAUGUAGAAUAUAGCCGUAAAAAGUAUUACAAGGGAAACGUGGUAAAGGAAACCUUAAACAAAUAUGAAACAUGGCAGUUAGUCUCAACAGGUGACCUUACAGGAUCUUACGUCAAAUCCAACAAGCCAGUGUCAGUCUUCUCAGGGAAUCAAAGAACCACAAUCGGAGUCGGUACAUCCUCCGAUCAUUUAGUGGAACAGAUGAUGCCGGUUAAUACGUGGGGUAAAACCUUUGCUACCGUUCCCAUACCAAAACGAACUGUUGGAGACUACUUUAAGUUCACUGCAAGCGUAGACAAUACAAAAGUGACGAUCUCUGGUGGAUACAAGUCAACGUUUACCAUCAGUAAAGCUGGAAGUAUGGUCCAGAAGCUAAUCUCCUCCAAAGCAUACUGCAAAAUAGUAGCAGAUAAACCAAUAAUGGUGGCACAGUUUGUGCAAUCUCAGCAGAGCACAUCAGAACUCUCCGAUCCCGCCAUGAUGAUAAUCCCACCUUGGGAGCAAUACGGAGCUGACUAUACAUUUGCCACCCCCAAAUACAGCCAGGGGUCAUACAACAACUACUUCAUGUUCAUUGUAGAAGAGAGCCAGAAGUCUGGACUACGGGUUGAUGGAAAAUCCUUCCCUAGUGGCACAAAAUACAAUACAAUCUCUGGAACAUCUUUGGUUGGAGGAUAUAUCUCCGUCACAGAGGGAACUCACACUAUCAGGCACACGUCCCCCAUCGCCAUAUUUGGUGGUUUCUUGUAUGGGCAAGCAAAAUUUGAAACAUACGGGUUUACCACCGGCAUGAGAAUGGCAAAAGUGAACGCUGUAUGUGUUCCAACGCCGACAGUCGUGGGAGAUGGUAUUGAUAAUGAUUGUGAUGGGAAAAUUGACGAGGAAUUGUGUACUCCAGAAAACAAAAACAAAGAUGACGAUGGCGAUGGAAAGAAAAAUGAAGAUUGUGCUAAACCUGCACCAAUUGAUGGAAAGUGGUCUACUUGGUCUUCCUACGGCGCAUGCUCGGUGACUUGUCAGGCAUCGUCGAAAAAGGUUUCUGGAACUAAAGCCCGCAAAAGAACCUGUACAGAUCCUGCUCCUGCUUAUGAUGGAAAACAGUGUGUUGGUUCUGCAAGUCACACAGCUUCCUGUACACCUUCUAAUGCGUGUCCAGGAUACGCUGAAUUCAAGUCCUGGGGAUCUUGGUCGUCCUGUAGCAACAAAUGUGGAGGAGGCAAGCAAAGUAGAACGAGGACUUGUUCAUCUACUGGUGAUGUUCCUUGUUCAGGUGAUACCAAGGAGGAACAAGACUGUAACAAUCAGGCCUGUCGUAAGUACAACAAUCCAGCUAUUUUAACCUAUAAUGAUCCCAUUGAUAUCGAUAGGUAA